GGGGGCGAAGCGCCCCGGGCAUGAGGCUCUGCGCCCCCCCGGCCGAGGCCCCCGGGCGGGGCAAGAUGUGAGGGCCGCCCCUGGUCCAGGCCCGGGGUCCCGGCGGAGCUGGGUGCGGAGCAUUGGCCCGUGCGCUCGGCGCGCCCGCCGUGCGCCCUCGCCGUGCGCCCCGGUGUCGGCGGCGCCCCGGUGUCGGCGCCCGGAGGGAGGCUCUCGGGGGCGGCGGAGCCGGAGGCCAUGCCCCACUGACGCCCCCCGCCCCCCUCGAGGAUGUUUGGGCUGGACCAGUUUGAGCCCCCGAUCCACGGCAGGCCCGCCGGCCCGGGAGAGAGAAACUUGCACGAGUCCGGCCUGAGCAUGAACGCCCACUUCAAAGCUCCGGCUUUCCACGCCGGGGGGCCCGCGGGGCCGGUGGACCCGGCGGCCCUGGGCGCCCUGGGCGACGGCCCCAUGUUGGGCAUGAACAUGGGCAUGAACGGGGAGCCCUACGGCUAUCACCCGUCGCGGGGCCACGCGGAGCUCCACGCCGGGGCCAUGCAGCCGGUGCCCGGCUUCUUCGGCGGCCAGCAGCCUCACCACGGACACCCGGGGCCCCACCAUCCCCACUUCGGGGGCGGCUUCGGCGGGCCCGACCCCGGCGCCUCCUGCCUCCACGGGGGGCGGCUCCUGGGCUACGGGGGCGGCGGCGGGCAGCCGGCCUUCGCCGAGGGCUACGAGCCCCUGGCCGAGAACCCGGGGGGCGAAGGGUUCGGGCAGCAGAGGCCGGGGAACCUCCCGGACUUCCAGCCGCAGCAGCAGCAGCAGCAGCAGCACCACGGCUCCGGCGGCUCCGGACACGCCGUGCCCGCCCCCUGCUUGCCCCUGGACCAGUCGCCCAACCGGGCCGCCUCCUUCCACGGCCUCCCCGCGUCCGGCUCCUCGGACCCGCACAGCCUGGAGCCCAGGAGGAUUUCCAACCCAGGAGGCGUCGACUCCCUGGAAUACAAUUAUCCCGGCGACGGCCCCGCGGGACACUUCGACCUGCCCGUCUUUUCUCCCUCCGAGGCCGACGGCCAGCUGCCGCACUACGGGGCCGGCAGGCAGAUGCCCGCGGGCGCUUUCCCCGGCCCCAACUCCAUGCCCAGAGCCCCGGCCAUGGGGGGCAUGGCCAAAGCCCAUCAGCAGCAGCAGCCGCCGCCGCCGCCGCCGCAGCAGCAGCACGGGGUGUUCUUUGAGAGGUUUGGCGCUGGUCGGAAGAUGUCCGUGGGCAUGGAAACCGGAGUGAACGCCAGGCAUCCUUUAAUGCAGCAGCAGCAGCAGGCGGCUCAGCAGCAGCAGCAGCAGCAGCAGCAGCAGGCGGCUCAGCAGCAACAGCAGCCGCCGCCGCCCCCGGGUUUACUGUCCAGGCAGAACUCCUGCCCCCCGGCCAUCCCCAGGCCGCAGCCCACGGACGCCGGCCCUCCCAACCCCAGCUUGCAGCAGGACCCCGGGCCCAUCCUGCAGAAUCAACACGCGCAGUUCGAGUAUCCGAUCCACCGGCUGGAGAACAGGAAUAUGCACCCCUACGGCGACCCCGUGUUCAACCUGCAGCACCCCCCGCCGCAGCCGCCCAACCAGAGACUGCAGCACUACGACGCCCCGUACCUGAGCGUCGCCAAAAGGCCCCGCUUCGACUUCGCCACCAACCCCGCCGUGGACCGGUGCGCAUCCUGGAGCGGGGCCGGGCUGGACAGCCACCUGUCUCCUUCGGCCUACCCCGGCCUGCCGGGCGACUUCACCCCGCCGGGGCCCGAGGGCUUCGCCCCCGGCCCGCCCCUCCAACACCCGGCCCAGGACCCCCAGACCCUGCAGCAACAGCAGCAUCAGCAGCAGCAGCAGCAGCAGCAGCAUCAACAGCAUCAGCAGCAGCAGAGACAGAACGCAGCGCUGAUGAUGAAGCAGAUGGCGUCGCGGACCCAACAGCGCCUGCGACCCCCGACCCUGCCCCAGCUGGGCCACCCGGGGGACGUGGGCCCGGUGCACGGAGGUCCCCCGGCCGGCCUGCCGCAGCCCACCUUCGAGCGGGACGGGCCCGGCCCCGGGCCCGGGCCCGGCGGGGGGCGUCUGGCCGGCUUCGAGGCGCAGGCCUCGCACCUGGGGCCCGAGAGCGCCUGGUUCCCCGGGCCGCCCCCGCCGGGGGACCUCCUGCCGCGGAGGCUGGGGGGCCCCCCGCUGCCGGCCGACGGGGGUCCCCACGAGCUGGGGCUGCCCCCCGGGGGCGGCUCCGGGAUGCUGUUCCGCGGGCCCGGGGUGGCGACCCUGGGCCUGCAGGAGCCCUUGCGGCUGGCGGGCGAGGGCCACGUGCCGGGCCUGCACUCGCCCGCCGGGCUGCACGCCCAGUUCGGGGGCGGCCUGGCGCAGCUGCAGUCCCCGGGGGGCGGGGUGGGGAUGCCCGGCGCCCCCUCCGACCGCAGGCCGCCGCCCCCGCCGCCCGAUUUCGCGGGGCCCGCCCUGGGCGGCCAGCCGGCCUUCCCCUUCGGCCCGGGUAGCCGGCAGGCCACCCCGCACGGCACCCCGGGGCUGAGCGCAUCCCCGGGCGGGGCCGGGGCCGGGGCCGGGGGGGCGGGGGGCGCGGGGUCCGGCGGGGGCGGCGGGGCCUACCCCCCGCAGCCCGAUUUCCCGUCCAGCCAGCGCGCCGCGGCGGCCAGCAAGCUGGGAGCCCUGUCCCUGGGUUCCUUCAGCAAGCCCAGCUCCAAGGACAACCUCUUCGGCCAGAGCUGCCUGGCCGCCCUGUCCACCGCCUGCCAGAACAUGAUCGCCAGCCUGGGCGCCCCCAACCUCAACGUGACCUUCAACAAAAAGAGCCAGGCCGAGGGCAAGAGGAAACUCAGCCAGGCGGAGGCCGAGGGGCCCGGCGGCGGGGGCGGGCCCGGGGCGGGCGGGGGGUCCGAUUACUUCCCCGGCGGGGGCGGCCCGGGGCCGGCCGGGGGGCUGGGGAAAGCCCCCGGCCCGGCUAGCGCCACGGCGGCCGGUCCCGGGGAAGGGACCGGCCUGUCCCCCACCUACUCCCUGGAGACCAGUCCCGGCACCGACGGCAAGGCGCUGCCCGGCGGCGCGGGGCGAGGCCGCGGCCGGAGAAAACGGGACAGCGGCCACGUGAGUCCGGGGACUUUCUUCGACAAGUUCCCCCCCGGGACCGGGACCGGCGGGGGGCCGGCGGUGGAGGGCGGCGGCGGCGGCGGCGGCCCCGGGGUCAGCCCCGGACAACAGGGGGGCGCGGAGCCGCGCGGGGCCCCCACCCCCCACGACAAGGCCCUGACCUCCCCGUCGUGGGGCAAGGCCGGCGACCUGCUCCUGGGCGACCAGGCCGACCUCAUGUCCUCGCUGGACAGCGGCAUCCAGAGCGCGGCCAAGUCGGACGGCAGCUCCCCCCGCGCGGGAGACUUCCCCGACGAGGUCGCCUACGGCAACGAGGACGAGGUGUCGUCCAGCUCCGACCACGCCCCGGGUCCGGCCAAGUCCAGCCGCAGCCCCCCGCUGGCCGGCUCCCCCAAGAUCCCCAGGGGGGCCGGAGGGCCCGGGGACCACGGACUGCACAACGGACCGAAGCCGCUGGGCCUCGGCCUGCUGGCCGCCGCGUCUACCUCCACCCCGGACAGCUACGGACACCCGGGCACCCCGGGUUUGGAGGGGCAGGUGCGGACCCCCGGCGGGGGCGGGGGCGGGGGCGGGAGCGGCGGCAACGGCUCGACGCCCCCCCAGGACGAGAUCCACCCGCUGGAGAUCUUGCAGGCGCAGAUCCAGCUGCAAAGGCAGCAGUUCAGCAUCUCGGAGGACCAGCCCGUGGGGCUGAAGGGCGGGGGGGCCGGGGGCACCGGCUCGGGACCCGGGCCCGGACCCGGGGGAGGGGGCAAGAAGGCGGCGGACUGCUCGGCCGGCCAGAACGGGGACAGCGAGCUGAACGGCUGCUGCUCGGAGGCGGUGAAGAGCGCCAUGAGCACCAUCGACCUCGACUCCCUGAUGGCCGAGCACGGCUCCACCUGGUACCUGCCCGCGGACAAGGCCCUGAUGGACGGGCCGGACGACGACAAAGCCCUGGCGCCGUGGGACAAGUCCAAGCCCCAGACCCCCAGCAAAGAAGCCCACGACCUCCCCCAGAACAAGACCUCAGCCUCCGCGCAGCCUGGCAGCCACCUGCAGUGUCUCUCGGUCCACUGCACGGAUGACGUGGGCGAGGCCAAAGGCCGGACUGCUGUGCCAACCUGGAGAUCCCUGCACUCGGACAUCUCCAACAGAUUCGGGACUUUUGUGGCUGCCCUCACUUGAAGAAAAAGAUAUUUCCCCCCUCCUCUGCAGCACCCCACCCUCCCACCCCAUCAUCCCCUCUUUUUAAUUUGAAAGGUGUCGUUUCUCUCCCCCCGCCCCCCCCCCCCCCGCGCGCACACACACACACACACACACAAACACGCACUCUCUUGGGUGGACUAUUGUUUUCUAGGUUGGUACCUGCUUAGUGGCACAUGAACUGAAAAGGGUUAAUUUAAAGGAAACCUCAAAAAAGAAAAUUUUUUUGGAAAAAAAAAUCUGCCACAGUAUGUUGCUAGUGUUAACCCUUCUGCAGUUAGCACAUUUUUGCUUAAUUUUUUUUUCCUGCUAGAUGAUUCUUUCCCAUUAUUCUGUAAUCUUGGCAUACAUUUUUAGAUGAGGCCUUUUCUUUCUUUUUCAUCUGCUUGUAUGUCCAAGUAGUGUAUGUCAUAAUAAGACAAAAAAGAUACUUUUCUUUUCUUGGCUUUACUUUUUUUUUUUCCUCCUUCAGUGUUUAUUAAAAUGGAAAUCUUGGAGAAUAGCAGUUCUGGAGUAAUGCCGGUUAAAGUCAAAUUGUCAUCACAAUUUUACAUCCUGACACCAAGAUGUUGUCAGUCACACAGAACCCAACAAUUAAUACCAAGUUAGGUGUUCUGCCUGGGCUUUUAUUUUGUCUCCUUUACUGAUUGUGUACGAGCACACAUGCACACAUACACACACACAGAAUUUGCUCUCCCUUUUAGGGUGAAAACUGCUAUUCAUUACUGAUUGUCAAAAGGAGACGCAUCUGCCUUCCUUUUGGGAGCCAAUAUGGGCUAUUUAGCCUUCUAACCCAUUAGCUAUUAUUUUAAAAAUUGUGUUCUUGAAUAUAAAGCCAGGGGAUGAGGUGGGAGGGAAGCACUGAGGUGGGUUUCCUUCUUGGAAGGAAAUGGACUCCGCCCUCAAGACAUGAGACUUUUGCCUCUCCCCCCACUUUUCCCCCUCCCUCUGUCUUUAAGUUCAGUAAUUUCCCAUGGCACUGAGCAUGUUCUUCAUUCUCCCCCAGUCUCUCGGUGAGGGGGGGCACAGGUACCUCUGAUUUUGGACAGCAGAACAGCAGAAUCAUCGAUCGCCUUUCGACCUCCCGCCUGCCACUCAGACCCUCAAUUUCUCCUUCUCACCUUUUCCAGUACGGCUCCCCUCGUGGAAAGCCUGCUGGGCCAAAACGGAGGACUCCUGGAAUUCGCCCAACAAGCUCUCAAUUGCCAUGAACUUUGACCACCCAAAGAUUUCAUUUUUGUCCCUGACAGGGAAGCAAAAGGACUUGCCUCAGCCCGAAUCCCUGCCCUCGCCAGACCCAAUCUGGUUCUCUGCCACGGAGGGCAGCUGGCCCCCUCGUGUUAACUUAAAGCACAUCCCCGGGAAGUAGGGAGAAGCAGAUGUUAUCAUCUCCAUUGUACAGUGAGCCAGCUGAGGCCUCGAGGGGUCAAGAGACUAGGCCAGAGUCACCCAGCAGGCCAGGGGCAGAGCUGGAAUUAGAACCCACACCCCCGACUCUCCGCCCCUUGUUUUUUCCACCGGAUCCUGCUGCCUCCCUAAACAGAUUCAGAAUCUCCCUUAUCCCCCUGCCUGGAAUCGUGGGCCACCCAGUCAUUUGAGGAGGAGCUGGACAGACCUUGGGGAUCAGCACAGGGAGGUGGGGGCCUAGGGCUGAUGCUAGAGAGGGGAAGAAUUGCUUUGACUUGAACUCCUAAUCUGCAGCCUAAGGUUAUUGUGCCAUAAGUGGAGUGGGGAGAGGGAGAGAGCAAGGGCAGCUAGCUGAAGUGGAUCCAUAGCUCUUUGUGCUUUCCAAUAUCUCUGUGUUCUGGCCCUUAAUGGGGGGAGAGCAGUGGUAAACGGUAUUAUGAGAGAUAGACAAUGAGAGACAAGGCGGUCUUUUCUGCCCCCCACUGAUAACAUUCAUCUGGACAGAAAGUUGGAUCCCACUCAGGAGAAAACAAAAGAGUCUCGCUCUCUUCUCUUACUUUACGUGGCUUUAAAGCUGGAAAGAGUAAAGGGACUUAGCUCCCCCAAUUUAGUUUAUGCUUCCCCUAGUCUAGGGACCAUGCUCUCUCUAGCACUGAAAAUUAGGGCUGUGGGUCAGAAGCAAACUUGUUUAAAUGCAGGCAGGAGAGAGAGAGAGAAAGAGCUGCAAAGAUUUGGAAGCAUUUGAUCAUGGGAUGCAAAAGGUGAAUAACCUCCCCACCCACCCCUUCCCAAUCUAACUCAAGGAACUUCAAAUUCUGUUUUGCACACAGCCGGAUGAGACCAGUUAUUUUGGAACUUAGCAAGUUUGGACUCCUUGCCCUAUUCUUUCACCCCAGGUAAAUUUUGGAAGAUUUUUCUUGCACAGCCUCGCUCUUGUCUCCUGGGAAGAGCUUUGAACUUUUUGAAACAUGAAUCCACGUGCAGUGGAAGAAGGGAUUCUGGCCCUCUCGAUCAAUCAAUCAGGAAUAUGUCUGGAGCAUUUACUGUGUGCAGAACAUUGUAUUUACUAGGUGCUUGGUAGAGCUCAAUAGCAUUAGUAAAUGUGAUCCCUGCCCUCAAGGAGCUUAUGUUCUAUUUGUGGGUAACUGGCAGGUUCCCAUCCACUGAAGUCAUAGUUUCUGACUCAGUUCUCUGAAGGGCAGCUGUGUCUCCGUAAGCCUGAAAACUGGGACCAACCCUUUUUAUAGAGGGAAAUCCAGCCCGAAGGUCAUGGAAAGGAGCAAACAUCAAGUCCAAAGGCUCCACUUGAAACCUAAAUAGAUCAUUCAGGCCUUUGGGGGAUUGGACUGUCCUUGUGAGCUGUUUCCGUGGAGCAAAUUGGCCAUAUAAUCACUCGAGUCUAUCACACUCAGGGAGUGUGAAGCCGGCCAGCCAUCCACACCAUCUUCUUGUAGGAAGCUCCAUCUUGUCCACAAUUCCACUGCCCCAGAGCAAAGGAAAAUCUUUUCUUGUUCAAAGGGACUGCACCUUUGUGCAUCCAAGCCAGUGUCUUUCCUUGCCUGGUAACAUGGGAGGAGAAGUAGCAGUAAUAGUAUCCGGUAAGGGUUUUCUGUGGGCAGCACUUAGCACAGUGAUUUGGGAAAGAAUACAUUGGUGGGAAUUAGACACUGUCCUCAUGCCUGGGUGGGGGGCUGGGGAGUGAUCACAGUAUCCCCCAACUACCCGUGGCCGGCCUGGAAGCUGGUAAGGACUGCACAACAGAUUACUCAUCCACAAAUAGGGAAAGAGGAGGAGGGAGGGAUCACUUUCUUGGUUAAGGUUGGAUGUUUCAGGUAAUUACAGUUUUAGCUAAUGAGCAGAGGAAGGGGGAGUUGGGAUACCUGCAGAAGGGGGAUUUUAGCAACUGAAUUUUCCACAUCCUUUCUGUUCCAAAUGUUAAAAACAAAACAAAAAAUACCCACCCCAAACUCUUUGCUUCCUUCCUUUAGUUUCCUUUCAGGGGCAGACAUCUGUUUCAGCCAGGGGGCUGAGGGGGACCACUGGAUAAGGGGAAAUGAAAGCCGGAAGCUUCUCUAGCAGCCCAGCCACCUCAGGGUUUUCUCCUCACCCAGGUAUGGAUUGGAAAUGGUUUGAAUGACGAUCGAACACGGAAAGGCCUGACUCUCCGUUGGCAGGGCCGAGUUCCAGAUUCUCGGACCGCGGGGGUGACUCAGUUGUUGAUUACUAGGUUUUGGUGUCUGGGAUAAUGAGACUUUGGGUGUCCUGGGCACUGGAAUAGCCACUCUGGUACCAGAUGUGGUCUUUGGUGAGCUGAAUGAAGAAUGACGAUUCUCUUGGCCAAAAAACGAAUAGGCAUGUUAUUUAUUAAAUGCUCUUCUGGGGAUUUUUUUAGGUCCUGGGUCACCACGAUUUCUGAACUGAGGGAAGAGGAGGCACGGUCACAUGUGCUUUUAAUUCCAGACAUUUCACAGGGUAAUAGGGGAUGGAAAAGCUCUACUGCCCCCAUUCUCCUCCUCUUCCUCGUCUUCCUUCUCCACUCCCUCCUUCCACCCCCCACCCGCUUUCUGUUUCUGAUUUAGGACUGACUGAUGAUGGUCAGAGCUGACACCUCCUGACCUUUUGGGCAUUCUGUCCCCAGUCUCUAAAGACACAAUCCUGAGGCUGAGAUUGCAUUAAUCUCUCAGAGAGGAGGUGUGUGCUCUGACUACAAACCUUGUUAAUGGGUGCUGAACCAAUUCCUGCUGUUCUAAUAUUUGGGGGUCGGGGGGGAACCCAGCCAAUUAGUUAGGGGGUUGGAUAUUUUCCUUGAAAAACUGCAGUGUCCCUUUAUUUAAAUUUUAGACUUGCAACUAUUUGCAAAUUGUUUUCCCUCGAUGGCUUGAGGCUAAGGGAGGAAACAUCUUCAUCCUGACUUCAGAAUUUCUCGUUUCCAAUCCACCAGCUCACAAGUGAAUUCUGACCAACUGAAACUGCGGGAUGUGAAAUUUGGCAGUUUUAACUUUUAUCUCUUCAGGACCCAAGAAUGAAACAGCUUUAAAACAGCCUUAAGCAAAAGGAUGUUAUUUCUUUAAAUUCGGUUCGUGGGAAGAAAUAAAAAUCAAAACACCGGUAAUCCAUACUGCAUAGCAAACUCUUCUGAAAAAUGUUAUUGCACAUGUAAAAUAUGAGAACUUGACCCUGCGGUGUGUUAGGCAAUCCUGUAAUCUUUUUUGACUCUUGUUAAAAUUCAUUUCUUAAAUGCUUGGUUGGAAGACUGUGACAAUAGCUCAUGAAAUUGAGUGUUAUUUUUCUUUCUUUUUUUUAAAAAAAAUAUGUAAAGUGCAGUCUUCUGUAUUCAUGCAUAUUGUAUAUAUCUGUAUAUGUUUUACUGAGCUACUAAAUAACAAUAAAUAUGAUGUUAAUGGUG